UUUGCGAUACGGAGGACGAGGAGCCAUUACUGGUGUCAACAUUGAUGCUUGUUUGUCGCUAUUGGAAGGAUGUCGUUGUCAAUACCCCGGAGUUAUGGUCUAAUGUUGCAGUCAGUACUCAUGAUUCCUUGGAGAAGGCAAGUCGAAAGCUGGCGCGAUCAAAAUCCGUUCCCCUUGAUAUCACCAUCAACUUCAGCCCCAGAGCCGAGCAUGCUAGCGGGGUUACUGAGAAUGUCAUCCACGCUAUGGACCUUAUACGCCCCGCUCUCUGGCGCGCACGGUCUCUUCGCCUCAGCGUACCCAACAGGCCUCAAGCGCAUGCUGCACUCUUGCGCUGCCAGGAGGAUGCGCCACUUCUCGAGUCAUUGUCUAUUCGUAUAUUUCACUCAAUGCAGGAAGACCAUUAUUCCAGCCCUCGCCUUCCUCUUUUCAACGGUCAUACCCCUCGACUUCGUUCGUGCUCAUUCACAUCGUUUAACUUUGGAUGGGAUACGAGAGUUGUAUCGGGAUUGCGAGUAUUGCAGCUUUGCGGGUAUUGGAAUCGAUUUUCUCCAUCAGUGGAGAUUAUCCUUGACAUCCUCCGAGGAUGUCCAGGUUUAGAGGAACUUGCCCUUCGCAACAUGUCCGAUAUCGAACAGGAGAGCUUGCCUUUUGAGCAGGAAUUCGCCACGACUAAAGUAUUACAACUUCCCCGACUGAAGAAAGCUUCUUUCUACUACGCGGGCAUAAUGCGAACGCGUAUGUUACUCAGCCAGAUAUCCUUCCCUAUGCUCGAGUCGCUGGAUUUCUGUUACCUGGACAAUCUUACCCCUGUACUCGAGCACCUCAGACAGCAAUCGUUGACAUCGCUUCCUCUCCGCUACCUUCGAGUGGAGUCCAGCUUUUUCAAUGAACAGAAAUUCGUGAUUCUCCUACGACGCCUCACGUCCCUGGUCAAUCUAGAACUGAUUGACAUGGAGGACGUAUCGUGUUAUCUCUUGAAGAAUCUUUCAACUCCGCCUACCGCUCAUCCUUGGAUUUGCCCUAAGCUAGAAACACUGAAUUUAGACGGUUGUACUGGUCUCGAGUGGGACGCACUACGUGGUUUUAUCGAAUCUCGCUUAUCCACCCGAUACCAGCAUGCUUCUUUGUCACCGACUUCGGUUCCUCGAUCUACAUCUACCGCAUCUGCAUCUGCACACAUCCAUGCCCUUGCAUUCAGUCGGGCCAAUAGUCCCGUGCCUUUAUCAUCACCGUAUCGCCUGAGAUCAAUCGAUGUAACACGCUGCCACCAAAUCGGUAAAGAGAUGGUGCAGUGGCUUAGGAUGUAUGUCAGCGAUGUCAAGUGUGAGCCAGCGAAGGGUGUAUGGGGUGAACCGGUUUUACCCUGAAGGCAGACCAGGUUGGUCUGUUAGUUGUAUCAUCUCAUAUUUUAGACUUUGGUUUACUGUAAAAGGUUUUCGUAUUUCUCAUUUGUGUACAUGCACAGUUGUGCCCCCCACGACACUGAUGAUUUUAAGAUUGUUACUUAUAUGUUGGAAGAAUGUUAUCACUGCAAGUAUUUAGGGUGUAUGUAUAUUGUGACAUUCGUCUAGUAUAACACGAAUCUGUUGGUUCAUUGGUUCAAGUAUGCCAGAAGUUGUUUCCGUUUAUCUUCCUCUUUCUUUCGAAUUCUCUCAAAGCCUCUUUUGCCUCUUCCAACCUCGGCCUUCUUUCUGCGCAACUCUUCCGCAGCUUUCACAUGGGCUGCCAUAGCUGCAGCUCCAUGAGUUACACGUUUCCUGGAUUCUUUGUAGGGUCCCAUGGUCUUGGCCUUCAGACCAAUACCAAGACGAUCGGAUUUCAGUAUGGUGGGUAGUGGCGUCAGCAACGAUUUCUGGGAAUAAGGGGACUGCACUUCGGUCAAUGAAGGCUCUCUGGAAUUCAACGAGGUAUUUUGAGAUGUCACACAUGAGACAAAGUUGAAGUCAUCUUCAGAGCCAGAGUCGUCGACAUCAGAAUCGGACAGAGUCAGGUCAAUGAUUUCCGUUUUACUAAGCUCCUGAACUUCAUCGAGCAGCUCGCUCGUGGCUUCUUCCUGCUUUAAUGCAGUUGGUCUAGCUUCAAUUGUUCGUCUCCCGGAGGGCAAUCUCGUCUCUAGCUCCUCGGUAACUGGUAACCGCUCCAGGGAAUGUCGAUGAACAUGAGCCCCCACACCUUCACCUUCCCUCCAUCCACUGCGCUGCAGCAUUGAAAAGCCCCUAUUGGACGGCCCCAACGCCAGCCAAACUGGAGGAGUGUAACGUCUUUCGGUAGAGGUUGGAGGUGGGUCUCGAGCGAGUAUAUCAGCUAGUGUAGGGGGUGGUGUGCUAGGCGUAGUAGAAAGCUCCGAUUGUAUUGCCCGUAUUAUGAACCAAUUGUUCUUAUUUCUCUUCUCCUUUUUUGCACUGGGAAGUUCUCGGGGAAUACUAGAAGAUCUUGGCGGAGGAGGGAGAAGAAUCGGGUCUGCUGAAGAGUUGUCCAACACGGGUCUAGUACCUCCAGCAGUCAAAGAUCUGUACCACCCCGCUAAAUCAUUCUGCGAUACAGUAUUCUCAGGAUGCGCGAGUGUUCUACCAACAUUGUCCUCCCUUUCCCAUUCGCUAUAUGCUAUUGUCGCAGGUACGAAAUUUGGUGCUGCUGCAAGACGGCGAUGAGCUGAAAAGGAUGAUUCGGUCUGCCAAGGAUCGUCAUUGUCUUGUCCUGUCUCUCUUUCUACUUCUUCACGGUCCUUUGGAUCGUAAUGAGAGUAUAUGUGAUGCGUUAUAGUCGCCAUCGUCGUUAUCGACCAGUGUUGGUACAGAAACCC